AUGUCUGCCAGCCUAGCUCUCCGUAGUUUGAGGACGCGAGUUCCCGCCGCCGCUUUCCAGGCUAGGGCCACCUACGCCACCGCCGGCACACACGGAAAGAACCCCAAGAACACACCGCAGAGCCAUCAGCCCCUCGGGGAAAAGGGCCAUGACCAGUGGAUGCCGUCUCUAGCCAGCGCCAGCGAAGAGGCCGUCAAGGCGGACCGCGAAGACUUUGCCGGCAACGACGAGCUGCAAGAGUACUCGAAGAAGGUCACGGAGGAGUUCAAGCACACGGAAAAGAAGCCCAAGGACGGGCUUUGGAGGAAGGUUAGUGGGGACAAUAGCAAGAACUGA